UCGCGGCCCAUUUAUAAAACCCAUAAGAAUUGAAAUCAGAAAAGAAAAGGUCCUCUCUACUUUCAGUUUCAUCGCUAAUGGGAUUAGCGGAAGAAAAAGAAGAUUCCGCAGUCAAUUCUCCACUGCCACCACCUUUUCUGGAGGUCAAAUGUAAAAGCUUGAAUAAAACUAGUCGCUUUGCGGCGGGUACCAAGUCGGGUUUUGCUGUGUCUCUGAUUAACAGGAAGAUAGAAAUUGGGUCUCCUCUUGUUUCUCAUAUUGAAGCAUUUAACGAUGGAGAGGAACCCAUAAGUUUUGGGCCUGAUGCGGCUCUUGUAGAUUAUGGCAAUGGGUGGAAAUUGCAGACUGUUACUGAGUUGGAUUUUGAUGGUGUUAAAAGAGCAGAACAUGUCCCAAUGAAUCCAACGCAGAUCCAUAUCCAUAAUGUG